UGUGUGGGAGAGACAUGGGGAGGGUGAGUCUUUUCUUUGCCUUGCCUCCCAGCACUGCGUUCUUAAGACAAGUUUAAUUUCCAUGAAGACGCACUUCAGCCAAAACUUAAGGGUGAAGUUAGACUUUAGAAUCAUCCUUUCAGUUAUAGGGGGUCUAUAUCCACUCCUGUGUCCACACACCUUCUCUGAAACAGACGGACUGACCUACAUAACUUUCACCUGACAUCAUAGAAAGUGUUUACUAAUAAGAAAUCAAAAGGACUUGGGACCAUGAACAGUGCCUCUUCCCCUGAGUUUGAGUUCCCUUUCCUGGAAGAGGGUUUCUCUUUCCGCGAUACUGUUGAGCAGAAGAUCAAUGAAUCAUCUAGGACGGAUGAUAGAGAUGCCUUCUACGUCUGUGACUUGGGGGAUGUGCUUAAAAAACACCUGCGCUGGAUGAGGGCCCUGCCUCAUGUCACUCCUUUCUAUGCUGUCAAAUGCAAUGACAGUCGGGCCGUCAUAAAAACACUGGUUUCCCUGGGAACUGGAUUUGACUCUGCGAGCAAGACAGAGCUUGAGCUGGUUCUGUCUCUGGGAGUGGAUCCAAGCAGAAUCAUCUAUGCCAACCCCUGUAAGCAAAUUUCUCACAUCAAGUAUGCGUCCGCCCAUGGGGUCCAGAUGAUGACAUUUGAUAGUGAAGCAGAACUCAUGAAAGUGGCCCGUUGUCAUGACAAUGCCAAGCUGGUGCUGCGUAUUGCCACAGAUGACUCAAAGGCAGUGUGUCGUCUGAGUGUGAAGUUUGGGGCCCCGCUCAAAUCUUGUCGAGGUCUUCUGGAGCGGGCUAAAGAACUGGGACUGAACGUGAUCGGUGUCAGCUUCCAUGUUGGCACUGGCUGUACUGAUCCGAUGGCCUACAUGCAGGCCAUCGCUGAUGCUCGCUGUGUUUUCCAUAUGGGCGAUGAGCUCGGCUUCAACAUGGAUCUCUUGGACAUUGGUGGUGGUUUCCCUGGUUCUGAUGAUGCUGGACCUAAAUUUGAAGAGAUCACGGAUGUAAUCCACUCUGCCCUGGACAAGUAUUUCCCUGCUGACUCUGGGGUUAAGGUCAUCGGUGAGCCAGGAUCCUUUUAUGUAGCUUCUGCUUUCACACUGGUUGUCAACAUCAUUGCCAAGAAGGUCAUCAUGGACUCAACCUCUGAUGAGGAAGAUGAAGGGGCCAAAGAAAAACCCACAGACAAGACUAUGAUGUACUAUGUCAAUGAUGGAUUGUAUGGAUCUUUCUUGGGUUCAGCCUUGGACUUCAUUACAAAUUUACCAACACUGUAUAAGAAGCCGAAGCCAGAUGAGAUCAUGUACCCCUGCAGUAUCUGGGGCCCAACAUGUGAUGCUCUUGAUCGCAUUGUUGAGCAGUGUAACCUGCCUGACAUGCAAGUGGGCGACUGGCUGGUCUUUGAAAACAUGGGUGCCUACACCGUGGCUGCCUCCUCCACCUUCAAUGGUUUCCAAAGACCUGGCAUUCACUAUGUCAUGUCCCGUCCUGCUUAGCAACACAUGCAGCAGAUUGGUUUGCAGGGGAUGCCAGCUCCUGCAGAGGAGUUUCACCUGUUUGAAGUAUCAACCUAGAGAGCAGCUUAUGAUGCACCUAAGUUACAUUCCUGGCUAGUAACUCACAAGGAGGUUAACUAUUAAAACACAGGGAAUCGAACAGCAGAUGGUAUCCAUUCCCUUUUUUAUUUCAUUUUUAUUUUGUAUAACAUGUAGCAUUCAAGAACUUUACAGGUGAUUCAUAUCUAUUUAACCAUACAGUUGAUACAUAAGAUACGUAAACGAUGGUAUUGGUAAUUCAUUUAGUUUUCCUGUGGUAACUUUAAGAAGUAUUGUAUUCUUUUAAUAAAUAAAACAAUAGGUGGAGGGCCAAAUUAUGGAUGUUGUAUGUUUUGAAAAAAUAGGACCACCUCAUUUAAGUACUUAAAAUAGCCGCUAUAGACCUUUGAAAGCUGUUCACAGAAUCUCUCAAUGUCAUAUUCAGUGGUUGGAGAGGGAAAUUAUAUUUUUUCCACUCUCACAGGGAGUGAAAGGAUUCUCUUAUCUAUUUUCUACAGUUUCCCAUGGUCUAAAUAUCAGUAAGGUUCAGUGGUUUAUAACUGAAAUAGUAUGAUUAUAAUUGCUGUUGUAAAGGAUGCAUUUUGGUACAAUAAGUGAUGGUAUGUUAGUAACACCCAGGGUGUGAAAAACCAAUGUUCCUCCAAUAAAACUGAGCAAUUCUUGUCUUGGA